AUGAUCAACCCAUCGCCCCUCCGCAUCGCUGUCCUCAUCAACACCCCCCCAGGUAACGAGUUCUGGGAUGACGUGAGAAACUGCUACCAUGCCGCCCUUCAGGCUGUUGCACCCACCGCGCAGGUAAACAUGUACGAUCCCGUCUUCGAAGGAACCUUCCCCGAUCCCCAGAAAUACGACCUGAUCAUCCUAAGCGGUGGCAAGGCAGAUGCGUCCUCCUCCGAGCCCUGGGUUCUCGCUGUACUGGACUUUCUGCGAGCUACUGCACGGGAAGCACCCGAUACCAAGGUUCUGGGAAUCUGCUGGGGCCAUCAAGCUAUCUCGAGGGCUUUUGGUGGGGAGGUGCGAGCGGUAUCUACCGGUCCAAUUGCAGGUAUCGAGGAUAUCAAAUUGACACCAGCCGGGAAGAAGUUUUUUUCUACCCCCGAUGAUGUUGCUACCUACAGACUCCCCGAGUUCCAUGUACGAGAGGUUGCGCGACCGGGAUUGGGCUUCGUUCAUCUGGCUGAGAAUCAUGAGAUGUUCGUCAACCAGGAGAAUACAAUUCUGUCGCUCCAGGCGCAUCCUGAGGUGCAACCUGCACUCGCGAAGAAAUUGUUGUUGGAGGAGGAUGAUGUGUAUAAUGGCAAUCUGUCAAAGCAGGAACUGGAGGAUCACCUGGUAAAGCUUGAUCAGCCGACAGAUGGUUUUGAAGUGCUGAGACGGGUCAUUGAGUGGGUCCGGGAGUGA